UCCCCCGGCGGCCCCGAGGAGAGGGGCGGGGGGGGCAUGAAGCCGUUGGAGAAAUUUCUGAAGAAGCAGACUUCGCAGCUGGCGGGACGAACGGUGGCGGGAGGUCCCGGCGGGGGUUCGGGGAGCUGCGGCGGGCCUGGAGGGGGUGGGGGACCUGGCGGGGGCGGCGGUCCAGCCGAGGGACCGCGGCCGCUGCAGCGGCGUCAGAGCGUGUCUCGCCUGCUGCUCCCAGCUUUCCUCCGGGAGCCCCCCGCCGAGCCGGGGCUGGAGCCGCCCUCUGAAGAGGACGGGGGAGAGCCGGCGGGGGUCGCGGAGGAGCUCGGCAGCGGGGGGCCCUGUUGGCUGCAUCUAGAGGAGGUGCCGGGGCCCGGGCCGCUCGGGGGAGGGGGACCCCUGCGCUCCCCUUCCUCGUACUCCUCAGACGAGCUAUCCCCGGGAGAGCCUCUGACUUCUCCACCCUGGGCCCCCCUGGGCGCCCCCGAGCGGCCGGAGCAUCUUCUGAACCGGGUUCUGGAGCGGCUGGCGGGAGGGGCUACCAGGGACAGCGCCGCCUCAGAUAUCCUGCUGGAUGACAUCGUUCUCACCCAUUCUCUCUUCCUCCCUACGGAGAAAUUUCUGCAGGAGCUACACCAAAUAUCCUUUGUUUGGGCAGGAGGCAUGGAGGGCUCUGAGGGGCUGGGCCGGAAGCAGGCCUGUCUAGCCAUGCUCCUUCAUUUCUUGGACACCUACCAGGGGCUGCUGCAGGAGGAAGAGGGGGCCGGCUGCAUCAUCAAGGAUCUGUACCUGCUGAUUAUGAAGGACGAGUCCCUUUACCAGGACCUCCGAGAGGACACACUGAGGCUGCACCAGCUUGUGGAAACAGUGGAGCUAAAGAUCCCAGAGGAGAGCCAGCCACCCAGCAAGCAGGUGAAGCCACUCUUCCGCCACUUCCGUCGGAUAGACUCCUGCCUGCAGACCCGCGUGGCCUUCCGGGGUUCCGAUGAGAUCUUCUGCCGGGUCUACAUGCCUGACCACUCUUAUGUGACCAUACGCAGUCGUCUCUCAGCAUCUGUGCAGGACAUUCUGGGCUCUGUGACAGAGAAGUUGCAGUACUCAGAGGAGCCUGCAGGGCGCGAGGAUUCCCUCAUCCUGGUAGCUGUGGCCUCCUCAGGAGAGAAGGUCCUUCUCCAGCCAACCGAAGACUGUGUCUUCACCACGCUGGGCAUCAACAGCCACCUGUUCGCUUGCACCCGAGACAGCUAUGAGGCCCUGGUGCCUCUCCCGGAGGAGAUUCAGGUCUCCCCUGGAGACACAGAGAUCCACCGAGGGGAGCCUGAGGACGUUGCCAACCACCUUACGGCCUUCCACUGGGAGCUGUUCCGCUGUGUGCACGAGCUGGAGUUCGUGGACUACGUGUUCCACGGGGAGCGCGGCCGCCGGGAGACGGCCAACCUGGAGCUGCUGCUGCAGCGCUGCAGCGAGGUCACGCACUGGGUGGCCACCGAGGUGCUGCUCUGCGAGGCCCCGGGCAAGCGCGCGCAGCUGCUCAAGAAGUUCAUCAAGAUCGCGGCCAUCUGCAAGCAGAACCAGGACCUGCUGUCCUUCUACGCCGUGGUCAUGGGGCUGGACAACGCCGCGGUCAGUCGCCUGAGGCUCACCUGGGAGAAGCUGCCAGGGAAAUUCAAGAACUUGUUCCGCAAAUUUGAGAACCUGACAGACCCCUGCAGGAACCACAAAAGUUACCGAGAAGUGAUCUCCAAGAUGAAGCCCCCUGUGAUUCCUUUCGUGCCUCUGAUCCUCAAAGACCUGACUUUCCUGCACGAGGGGAGUAAGACCCUUGUAGAUGGUUUGGUGAACAUUGAGAAGCUGCAUUCAGUGGCGGAGAAGGUGAGGACAGUCCGCAAAUACCGGAGCCGGCCCCUCUGCCUUGAAAUGGAGGCGUCCCCCCAUCACCUGCAGACCAAGGCCUAUGUGCGCCAGUUCCAGGUCAUUGACAACCAGAACCUCCUCUUCGAGCUUUCCUACAAGCUGGAGGCCAAUAGUCAGUGAGCACAGAGGCUCUGGUCGGCCCCUCACCAGGGUCCUCAGGCACCUGGUACUCAAGCACUUUGCACAACAUCCCAAGCCACGUCUGACAUCUUCCCCUGGGAGCAACUUCCUGCCCCCAAGGGAAAGAGUUGGGUGGACUUACUCCUGGACUCAUAAGCCUGUUCAUCCUGCUGAAGUACUCUCCCCCUUGCUCCUUCAAACCAAAACCACCCUGCUGGUUCUGCCCUGCCUGGGGAAAGGGGCCACAGAGCUCCUUCCUCUGGCCCCUCCCAGCGAGAUCUAUUCCGGAGAUGCAGUUCCCAGCCAACCUCCUCUUCCCAAGCAGGCCGGAGAGCUGCCCACCCUCCCAUCUUGCAGAGUGGAAUUGUGGGAGGGAUUGGCAGCCUUUCUGUCCACCACCUACCCAGCUUCUCCCUGGUCUGGGCUGGGACCCCUAGAUGGAUUCCUGAAUAUCACAUGCCCUUGUGCGUCCGUGCGUGAGUGUGCCCCCUUUUAAAGAGCAGGAAGGUAUCUGGUCAUUGAGGGAAGGUGUUGUGUGUGUGCUGGGGAGGGGGGUCCUUCUGUUUGGUGCUACCCUUGUCUACUCUGGAUAGUACGGGGUGCUUUCCCUAUCCCCACCACUCCCUGCCCACCGCCUCUGCUGCCCUACACACCCAGACGUGUGGACGAAGCUGCUCAUGAGGGCAAGGAGCAGCAGCGGGAGGGAAGGUUACCUGUCAGCCCUUCCAAGUCCCCCACUCAGGCCUCCCAGAGCUCCCUGGGUGGGCUCCGAUGAGAGGAAAGAUGCUCAGGGAAACACAGGACGAAGCUGCCCACAGGACCCUCCCUCUGCAUUGCAGUGGGGUGAGGUGUGGUAUGAUCAGGAGUUCUGGGUGCCUGCUGCCCAGACUCCUGCUUUUAGGGUAUCUCACUGCUAAGAAGGGAGUUGUCUUCUCCCUUCUGGCUCUUCUGUGGGAUACCAACACACAGUCUCCAUCUUUUCCCUGUCUUGACUCCCCUUUGGUCCUUCCCAUCAGAGCUGGGGUGGACCCCUGUACCCGGGCAGGCAGCUCCAAAAAGUGGGGGAGGGAACGGCAGAGACUGGAAAGGCAAAACUGGACUCUGGUGAUGCCUAUUACCUCUCGGUCUCCCCUCCAUCUCCCAUCACAGGCCUCCAGGACUGAGGGGCGCGGGGCUCCUGGCAGCUAUGGGGUGAGAUUUCCUUGUAUAGCCUCACCCUCCUUUCUGGCACCACCUCUUCCCCUUCUGAAGAGGCAGCAGCUGCUGCCACCAAAGCAGCUGCUGCUCCUGCUCUGAGGGUGUAUAUAUUUUUUACCAAAAGCUCUGAAAUUGUACACUUAUUUUUUAAAACCCAAAGAGGGAAAGAGCCUUGUAUCAUAUGUAAACAGUGUAUCAUAGGUUAUGUUGUACAGUCCCUUUUAUACAGCGGUCCCUCGUGUUCCAGCCGCAGAAAAUGCUGGCAGAUUCCCCGCCCCUAGCCCAUCCGCAGGCGCUGUGUCCCACCCCUGCCAUCCCUUAAAGACGGUGACCGUGUCCCCUCCGGCUCCCUGCCUCCUUCCUGCUACUGCUGAUGGCCCUCCUCUCCCUGCAGCCGCCCUUCCUCCUGACCCCUCUUGCACUCCAGCCCUCACCGCCCUCCGCACCCUGGGGCCCACUGGGCCAGUCUUGGCUGCUGCCCGCCCCUCCCUUGACGCCUGCCCCGCUGCCUCCCAGGGGCCUCCCGGAUCCUUCCCGUGCCCCACAGCUUUAACAGAGUGAACUGUGUUUACUGUACAGGCGCGCUUGUCAUGGCAGAAGCCUCCUGGUGGAGUAAAAGCCCAUAAAGUCUAUGAAUCCA